ACGUUAAUGUAUUUGAAAAAUGAUGGAAAUAAAUUGGAUUGGAAAACCUGUGGAUUACAAAACAAUACGAUUUGCAUCUUUAGAAGAAACAACAGAUCAUCCUCUAAAACCUGUUACUGUUAUGUUAAUUGAUGGACGUAGUGGAGUUAAACGCAAUGUGUUACGAAGUACAAGUACUGGUUCUUCAACUGCUACACCAACACCAACACAUACACCAAUUUCGGGGAAUUCCUUAGCAGAUCCUUUGUUAAGUCAUUCUUCAUUUGAUGGAUCAGACCCCCUUUCACAGUUUGCAAGAGAAGAAUUAGAUCCUUUAUCUAAGAUGGCUGCAGAUGAGUGGGAUUAUUCUUGCAAUGUUGCAGCCAUUGGUAAAAAAUCUAGGGAUACUGCAGAAGAAUUAGUAGAACCUUGGUCAACAAGACGUACCAUAAUAUUAAGCAAAUACACAACUUUGGAGAAAUUAUCAAUUGUUACUAGUUUUUUGCCAGGUGGUGAAAAAGUUGUUAAAGUUCAACCAAGUGUCGGAGUGGUUGACAAAGUACGAACAAGGUUGGAACAGUUAGAUGAUUUUGAAGAAGGAUCUGUUAGGCAAAUGUUAGAUUUGUCACAACAACAGUACACUGCUAGAAUUGAACAACUAAAUAAUGAACUUGUACAAGCAUGGCAUUCCGAUCAAAGAGUUAAAGCACUUAAAAUUGCGAUUCAGUGUGCCAAAUUAUUAGUAGACACAUCUGUUAUGGCCUUUUAUCCCAGCAAAUUUGUUCUUAUCACAGAUACUUUAGAUAUUUUUGGAAAACUCGUUUAUGAAAGAUUAAAAGUUAAAGCUGAAUAUUACAAACCAGGAAGUAAAGUGCCCACUAGUUUACCUGAUAACUUUACACCUGAUAUGGUACCUGAAAAUGCAAAAGAAACUUGCAGAAAUUGGUUUUAUAAAAUAUCAUCUAUAAGAGAACUAGUUCCACGUCUUUAUGUUGAAAUGGCAAUAAUAAAGUCUUACAGCUUUUUAACAACAAGUGAAUUUAAUACAGCCUUAUUACGAAUAACUCGAAUGAUAAGAGGUAUUGGAAAUCCUCUUAUAGCUGUAUAUGCAAGAUGUUAUUUAUGUCGGGUGGGAUUAGCUUUAAACAAAACAUCUGAUUUUGAUUUUGUAAGAGAAAACUUUUGCGACUUUCUCUUUACGUAUCAGCAAUUGUUUGGUCCAUUUGUGAAGAAUGAAUUAAUUAAGCAAAAUAUGACUUUAUAUUCUUAUCUAAAUCUUUAUUCACCAGCUUUGGAUUGGAUUUUGCAAGUAUUGGUAGCUACAACUCCUGAGAGUCUUUUAGAAGAUGUACUUUCUCUAUGUAAAGACCAAGCAAAUAGUUCAUUAUUACUGAACAGUGUUUUAACAGCAUUUAAGCCAUCAUAUAUUGCGGGACGUGCAAUAGAUUUUGUGAAUUUAAUAAUUGCAGCCGAAGACGAUGGUUUCCCGCAAUAUAUUUUGUACCGAAGUUUAGGUGAAUGCCUUGUACAAGAAUCACCACUAAAAGAAGAUUGUCAAUCAAUCCUUAAUAUGAUAUGGAAACAUAUAACAGAUUUAACAAAACCCAACAAAUUUAUGCAUUGCGUUGAAGUUUGGAUUCAAUUCACUGCAAUCCAUUUUUCUGUAAAUGAAUUAAAUCUAUUUUUUGGAAAAAUAAUUGAUCGACUUAAUCCAAACAAAAGUUUUGAACAUUAUUAUCCACAAUUACAAAAUAUUAUUGAAAAAGUAGUAUCUCACACACAGGAUUUUGAAUCAUUACUUGCUAUGGAUAAUUUCUUACCGCUAAUAGAUUUGUUUCAUAAGGAAAGUAUUAAGGUUGAAGUGUGUAAAACUAUAAUAGAAGGCUUAAGUGCUCAAACCGGCCCUAUUACUGAUCCUAUUAUUAUAAAUGCACUUAUGUUUAUUGCAAAAAUAAUGCACGAUUCCGUUAGUGCACUGACUGUUGAAGAUGAAAAACGACAAAUUGGUCAGCUUAUAUGUGCUUUAGUGCAACGUGUUGAUUAUGGGCGUGAUUUUGAAAAACAACUUAAUUUUUAUGCUGAAGCUAGGGCAGUCUUUCCCAAUCUCGAUACUGUUCAUAUACAACUUGUACAGUGUGUAAAUAGAUUAUCAGUUGAUACUCGAAAGAUUGUUCGCGGACACCACACAAGAAGAACGUCGGCUUUUGUACGUGCUUGUGCUGCCUUUUGUUUUAUUACCAUUCCGUCACUGACUUUAGUUCAUACACGGCUUCAAUUGUAUCUACUUUCUGGUCAAGUUGCGCUCUUAAAUCAAUGCUUAGGUCAAGCUGAUGCAUGUUUCAAGGCUGCGUUAAGUUUAGUUCCAGAAAUGCCCAAAACAAUAGACAUAGACGGAAGACAAAAAAGUUCGCAACCUUAUUUACUAUCAUAUUUGUCGAAUUUUUUAUCAACACUGCUGGUUGUACCGGACAGUCCAGAACAUGGUGUUUUGUAUUUGAUGAGAGGUUUACUUAAUGCUGUCCAACGAUGUUUCGAGGAAAAUACAUUAACGAAGACAUAUUUAUAUUUACGUGUACUUGAUUUAUUAUCAACAGUUGUGCAAGAAAAUUAUCCAUACCACGUUGAUAAGGUUGAUUCUAACGAUAAGUUGUAUGGAUCCGACCAAAAAUUUAUAAGUGAAGUAAACAAAAUCAGUUCAAAAAUUAUAGAAGAAAUUUUGUCUCAGUUAAAAUAUCUUGGAUCUACCGAUCAACUCGAAAAACAAGUAGCUCUUGCACUUGAGCUUUUUAAUUGUUUUGUUGUUAGAGCAAAUUUACGUGAUCCACAAUUAGCGUACAUGGCCGUAAAUUUGUGGAAUUUAUGUCAACGAUAUGAUUUUGUAGAUUCGAAAGUAAAGAUGAAAAUGAUAGCUUAUAUGGUACAAAAAAGUCAUCAUAAAGAAUAUGAACAUUUUUCGGAUGUUUUAAAAAAGAUGUUAAAGUAACUAAUCUACAGAGAAUUGGAAUUACAUGCACGUUGC